AUGCUUCGCCAAAAUAUGAGGCAGAAGGGACAGUCAGCAGAGGAUGCUGCCUAUAGAACAGUAUUGGAAAAUCUACGGUUUAAGAAAUGCACACAAGCUGACUUGGAUCUUAUGUUAACACGUGUUGCUGGGAGAGGUCCUAACAAUCCUAAAAUAUACGAUAAGAAUUUCAGAUCAGUUCCUAUUAUCACUGGCCGUAACGCUGCACGAGAUCAGACUAAUAUUACAGGAGUAGGUCUCUUUGCAGCAGACACAGGUCAACAAUUAACCACCUUCUAUUCUAUAGAUAAAUUCAGAACAUGGGCUGAUACCGAAAAGAAGAUUGAACGUAAAAGAGGAAAGAAACCAGUUGAUUUGACUAGACAGACUGAUGAUGUAAAUGGAAACAUCCAGGAGGCCCUAUGGAAUUUAUGGCCAUCAAGAACAGAGCAUCAUCCUGGUAUGCUUCACCUGUGUAAGGGCAUGCCUGUUAUGAUAAAAGAUAACCAAGCCACUGAACUCGCGGUCACAAAUGGUGCUGAAGCAGAAGUUGUUGAUUGGACAUCACAUCUACUGCCCGAUGGAAAACCUGUGUUAGAUAUACUGUUUGUCAAGUUGAAAUACCCACCCUUUACAAUUAAAAUAGAAGGUUUACCAGACAAUGUUGUACCAAUCAAAAGAUUAGCAAAGGAUAUUAAAUGCGGUAUGAAUGACGAUACCACUAUUUUGAUAACACGUGAUCAAAUC